UCUUUGUCUCCGGUGCAGCGUCUCGAUACGAAGGCUCUGGCCGUUUUUUUUCCACGUAGUUUUUGAGGAUAUAUUUACACAUAUAUCCCUAAUUUUCCAAUAUUGAAUGACAGUCGACUCUGAAAUAUUUAUGCCGAAGAGUAAAGCGCCCAAAAUGGAUGACCUGGACUACAUCCCAGUAGACCUGAGCCCAGAGGAGCGCUCUGAGCUCGAGGACAUCCGCAGGAGAAAAGGCGUCCUGCUCCAAGAGAUCCAGAGGCUCAGGGAGGAAUUAAGAGAAGCCAUUAUGGAGGUGGAGGGACUGGAGACCAGCACAGAGGGCAGUAAAACUCUACAGAAAAGUAGGCAUGUGGCAAUGGGAAGGAAGAAAUUCAACAUGGACCCAAAAAAGGGCAUUGUGUUUCUGGUGGAGAACGAGAUGCUCAGACACACUUCAGAGGACGUCUCUCAGUUCUUGUACAAAGGAGAAGGACUCAACAAGACGGCUAUAGGAGAUUACCUGGGAGAAAGGGACGAAUUCAACCUCAAAGUUCUUCAGGCUUUUGUGGACCUCCAUGAGUUCACUGAUCUCAACCUCGUACAGGCUCUCAGACAGUUCCUGUGGAGUUUCCGUUUGCCCGGUGAAGCUCAAAAGAUUGACAGAAUGAUGGAGGCUUUUGCUCAGAGAUAUUGCCACUGCAACCCCGGUGUCUUCCAGAGCACAGACACAUGUUAUGUGCUGUCAUUUGCCAUCAUCAUGCUGAACACGAGCCUCCAUAACCCCAACGUGAGGGACAAGCCUGGAUUGGACCGCUUCAUCUCCAUGAACCGUGGCAUCAAUGAGGGAGGAGACCUGCCAGAGGAUCUGCUCAGAAAUCUCUACGAAAGCAUAAAAAAUGAGCCCUUCAAGAUCCCAGAGGACGACGGCAACGACCUGACUCACACGUUCUUCAACCCGGACAGAGAGGGCUGGCUCCUUAAACUCGGUGGACGGGUGAAAACCUGGAAACGGCGGUGGUUCAUUCUCACAGACAACUGUCUUUAUUACUUUGAAUACACCACAGAUAAGGAGCCACGAGGUAUAAUUCCCUUGGAAAACCUAAGUAUCCGUGAGGUGGAAGAUCCAAGGAAACCAAACUGCUUUGAAUUGUACAUCCCCAACAACCGCGGUCAGCUGAUUAAGGCUUGUAAGACAGAGGCUGAUGGGAGAGUGGUGGAGGGGAACCAUAAUGUUUAUCGCAUCUCCGCCCCCACACCUGAGGAGAAGGAUGAGUGGAUCCAUAGCAUCAAAUCUGCCGUCAGUGUGGAUCCCUUCUAUGAAAUGCUCGCAGCAAGGAAGAAACGUAUAUCACUGAAGAAGAAGGAGGAACAACCGUAAACGAUGCCCUUCUUUCACUCCGUCUUCCUCUGUGCUUCACAUCUCUCCUUCCAACAUGGGAUGCGUUUUUUUCUCUGCUCUUUGCUACCUGCAGUCGCAGGUUUUGUUUUCCCACCUUCCCUCAUGCAUCCAGAGUGAAGAGCUCAUCCACUAAUGCUGCUUGUUAUCUUAGUUCUUGAUGCUACUGCUGUUAUAUUCAAUUGAACACACUACAGCCACAACACUCCUUUCCUGUCCUCUCACCACAUCUCUCAUUCAGCAUUUCAUUAAACUGUGAAACAAGUCAUAAGCCAUAUUCACACUAAUGCAGGCCAUUUCUUAAAAAAGGCUAAGAUUUCCAUAAUUUAUGGUUGUCUUGGUCCAUUUUAAGAAUCUUGUAUAGGUACUAUUUCCUCUACACAGUUAAUUUACAAAUUUGCUCUGCAGAAAUUCUUAUGGCUAUUGGUGCAUGCCUAAUGGAAGCCAUCUCAUAUUUGUGUAUUUCAUUGGCUUUGCAGCAUCUAUAGGAUUCUCAAUCUAAAAAGUCCCUGUUAGUGUGAUUAUGGUUUUAUUCAGGGUAGCAAGCAGCUUCAGUUGUCAUGAAUUCUUCUUUCAAUUGGAUGAUUGCUGCCUAAAUGAGAAAUUGCCUUUCUUGAUAGUGCUUGACACAGACAAAAUGUGAAUUCACUAUUCAAACACACUACAUCCAGUUUCAUUUGGUCAGGAAGGAGGAAAACAAAAGCAGCAAAUGAUUUUGGAUUUCUGAGAUGUGACCAUUACUCAACGGCUUUAGAUACACGAUACAUCUGUCCAUCGUAAUAUCGGCUCUUAUACACUGUUACCAAUAUGUGAGGAAAAUGGCACUGAUCAUAUCACCAGGCUGCUGAUGAUCUUAAGAUACGAUUGCUCCUUGAGACAAAAAAAAUCACUUAAGUAUUAAAGGACCAGUGUGUAGGAUUUAGAGGGAAUAUGUUGGUAUAAAUUAAGAUAAUAUUCACAAGUAUGUUUUCAUUUGUGUAUGAUCACCUGACACUAGGAUUUAUAUAGGUUGGCUCCUUCACAGCUACAGAGACAGUCUUUUCCGCACAUUUUCUCCAUGUUGCAUCAUCAUGUUUCUACAGUAGUCGAAAAAGACAAACUGAACAACAGCUCUGGAUGUGACCUUUCUUGUUUAGGGCCACUUACGAUUCUCUUGCAUGCUUUUAAAGGGAAGGGUGACAGGUGGGGUAUAAUUCUGGUUGCAAUCUCACCACUAGAUGGUGGUAAAUCCUACACGCUGGUCUUUCAAGUAGUUAGUCUUCUUGCUAACCGCUGCUUUCAGCUCACAGAGAAAACUUGUAUAUUUUCUUCAGCAUGUCUGAAAACCAGUGAAAUAGAAACCCAGUCCGGGUCUUUGUUAUCGAUUCCUUUUAUAACACUAUAGUGAACAGUUAUCAUCAUGUCCUCUCAUAUUUAACCUCGCAGCAUGCCAUAAACCAUUUCCUGCUUGUUCAGCACUACUAGACAACCACUGAACUCUCUCUCUCUCCCUCUAGUAAUAACAUCCCUUAGAGCCAGAUCUGUCCGCUUUCGCGAGUUUCAUGAAUCACAAAGGCAGCUCAUUACAAUGUAUACUUUUUGUAAAUAGAUGUUAGCAUAUUUGUUUACGAUACACAUAGAAAUGAUUUAAUUUAUUCUUUAUCUUUUGUUAAAUUCUGAUUUUUGUACGAGCUACUGUAGACCUGCAUGUUGAUAAACGGAGGCAUCGGUUGUAGUCACCGAUGUGUCGCUGAUCAUGCUAGUGCACUGAUUUGAAAAGUGUUAGUGUUCCCUGUUGACUUAGACAAACUGCUUUUAAUGUGGAGGCGGAUUUAUGCCUAAAGUAAAUUGUCACUUUUAUUAGUUUCUUUAGAAAAGAUAAUUGGGAGAUGUGGUCUGAUUUAGUUCCAGAUCUUGAUGUAAAUCAGACUCAGUAAAGCACAAACAGAAAUUACUCUCACUGUCUGUUAAAGUAAUGUUUUUAUACCAUUGGCUGCCUGCUUUCCUGCAAUUUUAAACCAUAUUACAGUGAUAAAAACGAACAGAAGAAAAAACAAGGAACACUAAUAAUCUUUGAUUCAUUACUUGAUAGUAAAAUUAUUCAGAUGUAAUGAAUCACUAACAAGUUAAGCUUUGUGUCCAGUGAUAGAUUUGCUUGACUUCCAGUUCAUAAACUGUUAUUUCUGGUAGUUUAUUGAAGUUGGCAUUUUUAGAUGGUAGGAACAAUUAUCUACUGCACUUUAUCAAUUUUAGCAUUUUGAAGAAAAUGCUGUGACUUUGACUGACAUACAACUCCGGUACUGUGUAGCGCCCUCUACUGGUGGUCCAACAGAGACACACAUACAUGCACACUGCAAUAUGCGGAUGGAUGACUCAUGAACUGUGUUGAAAUGUACAACGCCAUCUGCUGGGCAGUUCCAGCUGUAGCCGCAACAGUUUCUGUAUUAGGUCAUCUGAUAGAUUGUGUCGCAUGAAGCUGAACGGGCUCUUUUCUGUGUGAUCGAAAUAUUUCCACCUUUUUUUUUAAAGACGCAGCCAGUGAUUUGUCAUUGGAGCACAGAUCAAUGAUUGCCUUUUACUCUCCCACUUCAUCAAACUGACCUGAAGGCCUACUUGUACAGCAAUGUUAGUGCACAGAGCACAUGGGGUGUCUGUAGGCCUCCACCUUCUGGGUAUUCUUGAAGUGCAAAGUUGCCAAAAACACUAACUGUCUGGACACUUAAUGUUUCCUUUAUAACAACAGAACCAACACAGAAAUGAAUCCAACCAAAACCGGUCCUCUGUCUCAGAUUCCUUUGACCGCCAGAGUCACCUCUUUACGAAAAAACACCUUUUGUUUUGUAUUUAUUUAUUUUUAUUUACUGUGAGGUGAAGAUGGAUAGAUCAUCUGUAAAUGUAGCAAAAGGAAAACCACGAUUCAUUGGUGCCAGAAAACUACUGUGUAACAAUAAACGGUGAACAGAGA